AUGGCUCACCGCGACAACGAUGAGCAUUCCACAAAUGCUGGGUCGAGGCUAUCCGCCACGAGCUGCAUGGUAGCUAUCUCUGACCACUCUACUUGCGUUCGAGAUAGUGGUGGCGAAGGCAUGCCAAUCGUCCUUGUCCAUGCCUUGUCGAUGGACGGCCAAAUGUGGAUUGAGCACGGUAUCUUCGAGGCUCUAGCAACAUCCUAA